CUAAUUAUAAGACAGAUUUUUAAUAUGGUGGGAAAAAAAGAACCACCGUGAAUAAAAAUUAUUUUAUGUUAAAUAAUAAUCUGUAAUCAUUAUUUACAAGGUUGUAUGCUUACAUUUCAGUUCUUCAUACUCAUUCUGGUCAUUUUUAUUCUGGAAAUCAUUGGAGUUAUUCUUGCUCUUGCCUUUGAAAAACAGGUGAAAGGGGAAUUUUUCACAUCUGAAUUAAAGAAAAAUUUUAAAGGUGACAACACAACGGACAUAUUUUCCCAGACAUGGUGCACAAUAAUGAUUGUAGUCGGAUGCUGUGGGGUACAAGGACCUGAAGAUUUCGGAAAUUCUAGCUUAUUCAACAAGCUUUAUCCAGACACAAAAGUGCCUGAAGCCUGCUGUAAACGAGCCAAACGAAUCACUUCAGGAGAGGUCCUGGACAGAGACAGGUGUCAAGAAGGAGAUGAGAGUUUCAUGUAUAUGAAGGCAAGUUAA